CUAACAACAAACGUGUACCUCGGACGACAAUCGACAAACAAAGAUUCAACAAGAACACGUGCUGUGAACGGAAUCUCUGCGUUGCUUCAUGAUCCAUAGUCGGGACCAGUGUUGUGAACCAUACACCUUCACUGCUGCGGUCAUAACAAUACCUCCACACUGAUCGAAUACCGACUACGCAUACAAACAGCGACCCGCAACCACUCGUUAUAAACAUUCUCCACCAACAACCAACCACGCCAACAUCAACCAAAAAACACCAGCAACAGAAACGCCCAUAGCAACUAGACAAUGGCGACGCCAGACAAGACUACUACUCUCCCCUCCCCACCUUUCUACACGCACAUUCCCAACAUCAACAACCUGCGCCUAGCCACGCACUCCCUCACCACAAAAUCCGGUGCAACGCUCCGCCCAAACCUCCUCUUCCGCAGCGCUGAAGUGUCGAAAGUCGAUGCCGAGGGGUGGACGGCACUGCGCCAGCUAGGUGUUGGGCAUGUCUUUGAUCUACGGAGUAAACCUGAAGUAGACAAGGGUCAUUCGAACAAUGACAACAACAACGACGCCAUUGCAGACGCAGGAGGAGGUAUGCAAAAAGCGGGCGUGCAGAGGACGUGGGUGCCAGUCUUUGAAGAAAGCGAUUAUAGUCCCGAGCGCCUGGCGGAACGGUAUGCAAAGUACAUGGAUCAAGACGUACGUGGCUUUGUAGAAGCGUAUUCUGAGUUUUUGAAGAGCGGGGGGAAUGCGUAUGGGGUUAUACUGCGGUAUCUAGCAAAUUUAUCCGCCGCUGCUGCUCCAGGACAAGGAGAAGGAGAAGGAGUGGGGGCUUUGAUACACUGCACAGCGGGCAAAGACCGAACGGGAAUGUUUUUUGGUCUCUUGUUCGAUUUCCUGGGUGUGCCGCGCGAUCAGAUUGCGACGGAGUACCAUCUUACGCAACAAGGUCUUGCGGGCGUUCGCGAACAAGUCGUGCGCAGGUUGCUUGCUAGUCCCGCUUUUACAAAGUACAUGACUGCGCAGGCAUCCGGGACGCCCAUCUCCCCGGGCGAUAUCGCAAAAGCAUUGCAUGACGACGCGGCGAGGGGAUCAUCAAGUGGUAGCGAUGGCGAUAAGCAGAUUCCACAGGAGAUUCUGGACAAGGGGAGGGAGGCGGCGUUGAGGAUGGUGAGCGCGAGGAAAGAGAGUAUGCUGGGGGCGCUGGAGAUGUUGGAUAGUCAGUUUGGUGGGGCGGAACGGUAUAUGAGGGAGGUUUGUGGACUUGGUGAUGGAGAGUUGGAAGGGUUGAGGAGGAAUCUUCUGGUGGGAUAUGGACGUGAGGCGUGACUAGGAAAUCAUGGGAAGUACAAGGCAAGUAGGCUGUGAAAGUGGGUAUAGAUCGCACAACUGUCAUCGAUUUAAAAAGGAGGGGUAUGGUUAGAAUAGGCGUUGCUUAGGACUUGCGAUAGAUAUCACCUGUUCGCCUAAUCUCAUCUUCAACGUCC